GAUCCGGCGACUGGCGAGAGAACUACCAGCCUCCACGGAUCCCUCACGGCGCAGGCGCGCAAGCUCAGCGAUAUCGCGCGCGAAGUGGGCGCUGUGUUGGACUCCGAUCCAUUCCAUUGGCACAGCAGGGCCUACAUACCCCGUCCUCGUCGCAACGACAGGCUCUCGAGCGAACAAGCACAGGAGAUAGCUCAACGCUUGCAGGCCGUCAUCAUGAACCUAGAGGCAUAUACAGGCUGCUACGUCCCCAGAGACGCCGGCGACGUCCUACGAACGGAACGUAUACUCCACGAUCGUAUGGGACUGCCUCUCCCGCUCGUCUGGCAGAUUCUUGAAACCGCGGAAUAUUGGGUUCGAUCUGUAGCGAGCUGCGGAGACCUAACGGUCGCCGCAGACAACGUUGCGAUACGGGAGUCGCUGUGCUGUACGGCGAGCAUUCCGUCGGGUGCGAAGAAGUACAGACCUCUGCGCAGGAUCGUGUUCACGAUCGAGUCGCGUGAUCAAGGCUGGCGAACCACCACCGGCGACGAUUCCUGGACUUGGUUCGAAGCAGACAGCAAGGCCGCCUGGAGGCGGGCCAUCGUGACCAACGACCCUGCCUCCGCGGACUUCUGCACACAUCGCAUCCAGUGGGACACCACGGCGUCAGACGAUGGCUUCGCGGUGGAUGCGGCUGAACUGCAUGAGUGGAUGGGCCGCUUCGCGAGAGGGGAUGAGAUCUCUGUCUUCGCACGAGCUCAGUAUAGAGCGGGGGCAAAUCACGCACGAAAGGUGGUGGUGGAGCUCUACUGCGCUUGUGUCUAGUAUUUUCUCUACGGCAUAGCGUACGAUACACUGGCAGGUUUGAGUCCCAAGU